CACUGUUACUGCCAUGCGUAGACAUGUCAACUCUUUUCAUUACUGUUCUGCAAUGAUCAGAAAUUCAAUUUGUUUGUAUUCUGAUAUAAUAAUUAUUAAUCAAUCUUGAAAAAUCGUAAAAUUAUGAAAAACCGAAAUUCUAAAUUUUUUGCUUUUAAUAAAUGGUGUUAUUAUGAACGUCAUAUUUAUUAUAAAGCAUAACCUAAUAUAUAAAAUUUGUAAACAUUGAAAAUAUACAGGUGGUUAACUUCCACAAGAAAAUAGCCUCAAAAAGAAAAUAUUUAGGACAUUCCUUUAAAAAUGAAAAUAACGAAAUCUACUGUAAUUCUUUUGGUCUUUGUAUUAAUGCUAUCAAUAUUUGUAGCAAAUGUUGCUGACUUGAUCAAUGUUGAUAAUCAUGUAUUAGAUGAUACCUUGCAUAAUACAGAUAUGAAAAAAGAAUGGUCACAACCAAAAUUUUAUGAUAUUGGAACAUCAUUUGAUCAUUUAAUAUGGUUUUUACAGAUAUCAGAUAUACACAUAAGUAUAUUUCAAGAUCCAUUUAGAAUAACAGAAUUAAAAGAAUUUUGUAAUAUUACUGUGGGUACCAUAAAACCUUCUGUUGUGCUUGCUUCAGGUGAUCUCACAGAUGCAAAAGCCAAAGAUAAAAUGGGAUCAAAACAAAUAUUAGAAGAAUGGCAAUAUUAUAAACGUAUUUUAGAUGAUACUGAAGUUAGCAAAAGAACUCUAUGGUUAGAUGUAAGAGGAAAUCAUGAUAAUUUUAAUGUAUUAACUCUUGAAUCAAAAAAUAAUUAUUAUUCAAAUUAUUCUAUUCAAGGAAAGAAGCAUCCUAGAUCUUAUAUGUAUACUAUAAAUAUUGGUUCUAAACUAUACACAUUUAUUGCAAUAGAUGCUUGCUUAAAACCUGGCCCGCGAAGACCAUUCAAUUUUGUUGGCAUGUUAGAUGAACAUGAAUAAAGUAUAUAUAAUUUAGUAAAUAAAUCCAAAAAUAGUAAUACGGAUUUUAUAAUAUGGUUUGGUCACUAUCCUACAUCCUGUAUACUAUCACAAACUAAUAUUAGAAAUAUUAUAGGUAAACAUAAAGAAAGUAUGGUAUAUCUUUGUGGGCAUUAUCAUACUCUUGGUGGGGCAGUGCCUAAUAUGUAUACAUUACAACAAGCAGGAUUUCUUGAGCUAGAGUUAGCAGAUUGGAAAGAUAAUAGAAUGUAUCGUUUAGGAGUAAUAGAUCAUGGUCAAUUUUCAUUUAUUGAUGUAAAACAUAAGGAAUGGCCUGUAGUAUUAAUUACUAAUCCUAAACAUGCUUUAUAUAUGAUGCCUAGAAAAGAAAAUAUAAUGUCUGUUAUUAAAUCUACUCAUAUUAGAAUAUUGGCAUUUUCAAUAGCACUGAUAAAAAUUGUUGAAGUUCAGUUAGAUGAUAAACUUUGGUUUGAAUGUGAACAUAUUAAAGGACCUCUCUAUGUUUUGAAAUGGAAUACAACAAACUACAGAGAAGGAAUACAUACUAUUCGAGUAAGAGUUAUAGAUAUAGAUGGAAGAGAAACAACAAUAUUUCAACCAUUUGCUCUUGAUGGAUCACGUUUAUCAUUUCGCAUUUUACCUAGACUUAUACUUAUGUCUAAUGUCAGUAAUAUCUUUCAAUUCUUAUUUGGAACAGUAUUGGUUUUAUUAGUAAUUCCAUUAUGUAUACUUCGUUUUCUUCAUAUAUUAUGUGAGAGAAAGCAAAUACAUCGACCAAGAUUUAGAAUAAAAUUUUUUCAUUCAUGGCUUAGAAAAUUAUGGAUAUUAUCAACUGUUGAUCGUCUGUUUUUUCCAUUAGUAUUGUAUGCAUUAUAUUUAACAGUUGGUCCAUGGGCAGUUGGUGAAGUAAUAGAAAAUCAAACAGGUAUAAUUUUUGCUUGGGGAACAUUCAUUGGAAAUUCUUUUUUGCCUGGUGCUUUUACUUAUGCUUAUGGAUUUUUUCAAUUAUUUUCUUUCCAUCUACCACUAAUGCUAAUUCUAGCUAAUAAAGUAGAUAAACGGCUACAAAAUACUACUAAGCCAAAUAAUAAAUUGUCUAAAAUUUGUUUUAUUUUACAAUAUUUACCAAUAAUAUUAUUAAUUAUAAUGCAAACCUGUAUGGCUUAUUUUUUCUGGCUAGCAUAUGGAACAUUAGCUACUAUAUUAUGUCCCUUACGUACAUGGAGUAUUUUUUUAGCAAUGAUGUUAUGGCAUCAAGUAAAUACUAUGCCACAUUCAUGUCUAAGGUCUGCUGCAAAAAUAUGGUCUCCCCUUGGUUAGUUUAAAGAAGGUACAAUAAUUUACUAUAUAAUUUAGUAAAUUAUUAUUUAUUUUAUAUAGUUCAAAUAUUUUCAUAUUCUUAUGUAUGUAUUAAUAAAUUUACGAAAAUAUAUAUAUAUGUAUGUGUAUAUAUAUAUAUAUAUUAUUUUUUUUUUUCAUUAACUUCUUAUAUAAUAAAUAUAUGUAUAUUUAAAUAAUAUACAUAAAUAUAAUUUUUAUUUUUCUAAUAAAUUCAAAAGUUUUAAAUUUAUUAUGAAUGAAGAUUAAUAUAAUAUAAAUUUAAAUUAGUAUAAAAAAGUAAAAAUUAUUUUAUUUAUAUGAAAUAAAAAAUUGAAAUAGUCGCGAUUAUUAUUUAUAAUUGUAUUGUAUACAUUAUAUUCAAUAAGUUCCUUUUGAAUGCCAGAAUUUAUUAAUUGAUAGAGUUAAAACAAAGACUGUUAAUAUAUUUAUCAUAUGUUUAAUAAUACAUGUUAUUUAAUUUUAAUAAUUUAUGCUUGAAUAUUGUUUUUAAAUUUAUAAUUUAAAAAUAUGUUCUCUUUCUUUUACAUCUUUUUGUCUGUAACAAUAAUUGUGCUUCCACAUUGUAUUUUAAUGUUACAGAAGUAUUGUAAAAUAUCAGGGAUUGAAUGAAACUGUCAAUUUUUGUAAAUAAAAGUUAUUUGUUAAGUUUUUAAUUUUUAAAUUAUUUCUUUUCUGUUUUUAAUUAAUUUUAUAUAUCAAUACAUUUAUACAAUUAUAAAUCAGUUUAUAAUAAUUAUUUUGUAUUAGAUUAAUAAGAAUUCUGAAAGAUUAUAUAUUUCUUAAUAAAUAUUUUCAAAUAAAAUAUAAAAGUUAUAAUUAUUUUAGUUAGUAUUAUUUAGAAAAAUUAGAAUAAACAUAGAAAAAAAAGCAAGUUAUUUUUAUAUAAAUAUUUCAUUUUUUUAAAAAUAAGAAAACAACAGAAAGUAUUAAAACAUUGAAAGUAUUAUUAACAGAAAGUUUAGUUUCUAUAAAGAAUUAAUUUUUUAUAAACAAAUAAUUCUAUUUAAUUGAAAUUCUGAAAAAAUAAAAUUUUGAAAAGUAUUGGAAAAAUUUAUAAAAUAAAAGACUCAACAAUUACAUUCUUUGAUUACUUUGAAACAGAAAAGAUAAUAAUCAAAAAAUUAUUAAUAUUUUAGAACUAAUUGAAAAUUUUUACAGUUUCAUUUAAUUCUUAAUAGAAAGAAUGCAUCAUAGAAUAUAUUACAUAAGAAUUAUAUUAUUAACACAAAAUAAAAAGAAAAUUUAAUUAUUAUUUUAUGCCAUAUAUUAUAUUUCAGAUAAUGAAUUAAAAUUUAUCUAUAGAAUAAAAAAAAUGCAAUAAAAUAUAUGAAA